GGCAUUUGAGUUGAGCUCGCUACCCGAUGGAAUCGUGUUGUGCUAUUUCUACAUUUGCGACAAAAACGGGUUGGAUGCAGACAUUCAUUGCAGCAACGGGCUUUGGUGUAUUAAUGUAUUGUUUUAUAACGAUGGGGUUCGAAACACAAACUAGGAGAACGGUCUGUUCCUGGUUUGCUUUUCAUUUGGCUCUACUGCUGUUUGUCGGAAAACGGGCUUUGGCGGAAAUAAGGUACUCUAUUCCAGAGGAGGUGAAAUAUGGAACUGUUGUUGGAAAUGUUGCGAAGGAUCUUGGCCUUGACAUCACCUCUUUGUUUGACCGACGGUUCCGUGUUGUGUCUGAAUCUAAGGAUGCAUUUUUUGAGGUAAACCAGGACAAUGGGGCUCUGUAUGUGCUGAAGAAAAUCGACAGAGAGGAGCUCUGUCAGGGUAGUGGUGCCUGCUUGACGGAGCUAAAAAUCCUGGUCGAAAACCCUUUGGAAAUACACUAUGUAGCAGUAGAAAUUACUGAUGUAAAUGACCACUCUCCUAGUUUCCCAGAAAAAGAACAAAGAUUUGAAAUAGGUGAACAAAUAUUGCCAGGAAGGCGAUUUCAACUGCACACUGCUCGUGAUCCCGAUGCUGGAAUUAACUCUAUUCGUACAUACACUUUGACUUCAAACGAUCACUUUGAAGUAGACAUCCGUCAAAGCGAUGAGGAUAAAAUACCAUUUUUAGUGCUGAAGAAAUCGUUAGACAGAGAACAAAAGGACAAACACACGCUGCUGGUUACAGCAGUUGAUGGAGGAAAACCUCAACGAUCAGGCACACUAAAUGUUUCUAUUAUUGUUCUGGACAGUAAUGAUAACCGUCCAAUGUUUAGUCAGGAGGUUUAUCAAAUUACAAUACAGGAAAAUGUUCCCGUCGGUACUUCAGUGUUUAGAAUGAAUGCCACAGAUCCAGAUGAAGGCAUCAACAGCGAAGUUGAAUACAGCCUUGGAAAAACUCUAAAGAAAAACGUCUAUGAUAUUUUUGAAUUAGACAAAUUAACCGGAGAGAUUAGAGUAAAAGGUGUGGUGGACUAUGAAGAAAAUGACGUUUAUAAACUGGAUGUUGAGGCAUCAGAUAAAGGAACACCUCCAUCAGCGGGUGAGUGUAGAGUCAUUAUAAAGAUAUUAGACGUCAAUGAUAAUCCACCGGAAAUAGAAGUCACAUCGCUCUCAAAUUCAGUGUCCGAAGACUCAAAGCCUGGAACAAUUGUAUCCCUCAUUAGUGUGAAGGACAAAGACUCUGGUGUCAAUGGAAAAAUAAUAUCAAGCAUAACCUCAGACGUGCCUUUUGAAUUAAAGCCUUCUUACAAGGAAAACAUAUAUUCGGUUGUCACGAAAGGAUUUUUGGAUCGAGAGGAGGUGUCACAUUAUGAAAUAACAAUAAAAGCCACAGACUGUGGUGAACCUCCCUUAUCUACCUUUAAAACUCUGAGCAUUCAUAUAUCCGAUGUAAAUGACAACAGACCGCAAUUCUCUCAAAAUACAUUACAGUUUUAUCUGAUAGAAAAUAACGUAGCUGGAGCGUCGAUAUUCUCCGUGAGCGCAACGGACAAAGACUUAAAUGACAACGCAGUUAUUUCAUAUCACAUUGUGAGAGAAGGGAGCCAAAAUGAUAUAAUGUCUUUCCUCAACAUAAACUCUGAAAACGGACAAAUAUCAGCGCUAAAAAGUUUCGACUUUGAAACUCUGAAAACGUUCCAGUUCCAAGUUGUUGCCUCAGAUUCUGGAACUCCGUCACUGAGCAGCAACGUCACAGUGAACGUGUUCAUUCUGGAUCAGAACGACAACGCUCCAGUCAUCCUGUAUCCAGUCAGCUCUAACGGUUCUGCUGAAGGUGUGGAGGAGAUUCCCCGCAAUGUGAACGCAGGACACUUGGUGACUAAAGUCAGAGCCUAUGACGCUGAUAUAGGAUAUAACGGCUGGUUACUCUUUUCACUGCAGCAAGUCACUGACCACAGUCUCUUUGGUUUGGACCGCUAUACAGGACAGAUCAGAACACUUCGCUCCUUCACAGAGACAGACGAGGCUGAGCACAAACUGCUCAUACUGGUCAAAGACAAUGGGAACGUGUCGCUCUCAGCAACAGCUACUGUGGUGGUCAAACUUGUGGAGCCCAAAGAGGCUUUUGCAGCUUCUGAUGUUAAAAGUUCAGCCAAAGAUGAGGAGGGGACCGAUGUGACUUUUUAUCUGAUGAUAACUUUGGGCUCAGUUUCUGUACUUUUUCUCAUCAGUAUCAUCGUGCUGAUUGCAAUGCAGUGCUCUAAAACCACAGACUAUACUUCUAAAUAUCUGCAAGAGACUAAUUAUGACGGGACACUGUGCCACAGCAUCCAGUACAGAUCUGGAGAGAAACGGUACAUGUUAGUUGGACCCAGAAUGAGUAUAGGAUCUACUAUAGUCCCGGGCAGCCACGCGAAUACACUAGUGCUCCCCGACAGGAGGAGGGGAUCUGGAGAGGUAAGCCACUUAAUUUAUUUAUUUUUUCUCUAUAAAACAUGGUUACAAGCAUACAGCUAUUUGUCAUAG